UGGGGCACUAAAAAAGAUCGGAGCGAAAGCGAAGACAUGACUCUCACUUAAGCUCAAAGGAACCACGACUCAUUCGAUGCUUUGAUCUCCUAAAAAGCCUACUUUUUGACCCCCUCGCUCGAUAGUUUGUUACCCAAUUUACUUUCUCUCCCCCACUUAUUUUAUUUUGCUUUCCCUUAUUUUUUGGAUUUUCUCUCUCUUUUCUUUUUCAGAAAAACAAGUUUUAAUUUUUAUUUUUGCUGUUUCUCCUGCUGCUACGUAUAUCAACAUUACUUCCCAAUUAAAAACCCUAAUUUUUUUCUCUCUCUGAACACUCCUUUGAGUUCACAGAGAUUAAGGAAGGGAAAAGAAAGAGGGAAAUAGGGUGAGAUAUAUGUCCUUCAAUCAAUCAAGGUACGAUAAAAGCGAGCAACAAUACCGAAAAUUGGGGCGAUCCGCCGGUUCUAAUCAGCAGCGGACCUCCUCAGGCGCUUACGGUAAGGGCGCUGGCGGCGGGCCCGCCCCUUCACCGUCUCUCUCUUCUUCUUCUUCUUUAUCUUCCAAUCGAAGUUUUAAGAAGUUUAACAAUGCACAAGGCGGGCAAUCUAGGGUAAAUUCACCGGCUGUGAAUUCUUCAGAGUCUAGUAAUGCUUUGGCCUCGUGUAACAUACCAAAUGGUGCACAUGUACAGCCCCAGUUACAAGGAGCAUCUGAUGCACCGGUUGCAAGUGGUGCUGCCAAGCCAGUUGAAUCGCCCCCCACUCAGAGAAGCACCCGAGCUGUUCCGAAGGCUCCAACUUCUCAAUCUGCCACCAUGAGUUCUGACAGUAGUUCCCCCACAACUGCCGCAAAGGGAGAUACAUCAAAAGCAUUCUCUUUACAAUUUGGGACCAUAAGUCCCGGUUUCAUGAAUGGAAUGCAGAUUCCAGCUCGAACUAGCUCAGCACCCCCAAAUUUGGAUGAGCAGAAACGUGAUCAGGCACGCCGUGAAUCUUCUUUUAUAUCUGUGCCAAAUUUACCCACUCCUGUUACUAAGCAGCAGCUACCAAGAAAGGAUUCGGUUGCAACUGACCAAUCUAAUUCUGGGGAGGCUCAUCCAGUGCCCAAUGUCAAAAAAGAUGCACAAGCCUCUGUGGCACCCCCUGCGAACCAAACACAGAAGCCAUCUCUUCUUAAUAUACCCAUGACUUCUAUGCAGAUGCCAUUUCAUCACCAGCCCCAGGUUUCCAUGCAAUUUGGUGGGCCUAAUCCACAGAUUCAGUCUCAGAGUGUAACUGCUACUUCAAUUCAAUUGCCAAUGGGUAUUCCAUUACCAAUAGGAAAUGCACCUCAGGUGCAGCAACAAGUCUUUGUCCCAGGUCUUCGGCCCCAUCCUCUGCCACCUCAGGGAAUGAUGCAUCAGGGUCAGGGUUUGAGUUUCACGCCAUCUUUGGGUGCCCAGAUUGCACCCCAAUUGGGCACCUUGGGAAUGGGCAUUGCCCCUCAGUAUUCUCAACAGCAGGGAGGGAGGUUUGGUGUUCCUCGUAAAACCACUCCUGUCAAGAUUACUCACCCUGACACUCAUGAAGAAUUAAGGCUUGAUAAACGAACAGAUGCAUAUUCAGAUGGUGGGUCAUCAGGUCCGAGGUCUCAUCCUAAUGUGCCUUCUCAAUCCCAGCCGAUUCCAACAUUUUCAACUUCUCAUUCAAUCAACUAUUAUUCCAAUUCUUACAACACCAAUUCCAUGUUUUAUCCACCACCAAGUUCUAUGCCAUUGUCUAGUAGCCAGAUAGCACCCAAUGCCCCAGGGCCUAGAUUUAACUAUCCUGUUGGCCAGGGUCAUCAAAACAUUUCUUUUAUGAAUUCAGUGGCAGCCCAUGGUUCACUUCCAGUUAAUAAAUCCAUAAAUCUUACACAUGGUACUUCAGAAUCACCAAAUGUGGAACCUUCUCGUGAUGUUCACAGUGUGACAUCCUUUGCUUCCUCAGGUAUAACACAGGUUACAGUCAAGCCAGCUGCUGUUUCUGUUGGAGAGAAGGUGGCAGAUUCCACUUUUUCAAGUGGCUUGCCUCCUGUUGGAAAGGUUGGUUCACUAAAACCUUCUGUGCCAUCUAGUGAGGUUAGCUCAUCUCAGGCUCAAAAAGAGUUGGAUACUUGUCAAGAGAGCUUUGUAGAGCAGCCAAAACCUGGAAGUGAAUCAUUAACAUCCAAGUCAUUACCUGCUGCAGCUAAACGUUAUGGGGAAAUUCCAGCAACUAACUUGGAUGAGAGCCUGCCAUCUAAUUCUGUGUCUUCUGCUCCAGCUGCUACAUCUGAGGAGUCUAUGCCAGUUGUUGCCAGUAAUGAAGGCAGAAGGAAGGAGAGUUUGAGUAGGUCAAACUCUAUAAAAGAUUAUCAAAAGAAACUGGGUAAGAAAGGACAUAUUCAGCCACCAAAUCAGUCUACGACAUCAGCAUCCAACUUGGCUUCCCACGCUGAAGAACAUGGUAUUUCCUUGGACAGUGCAGUUUCUGAAACUAUAGGGGUUGAAACAGCUUUAAAAACAUCAGCAGCUGCUGAUGUUUUGUCACAAUCUACCAGGGAAUUACUAUCAAUUAAUGAUGCUUCAAUUUCUUCCUUAGAACUGAAGACAGAUAGCAAGAGAGAAGGCUUAACCUCUAUUUCAUCUGAAGUUUCUGGUACUGGCAAUAAUGUUGAUAGCUUGGACAUGGUUCAGCAUGCUAAGAUGGAUGGUUCUUCCAAGCUGGAUGAGCAACCAAAACCUGAAAUCAGUGGAAUUAAGGAAGAAGAGGAAAAAAAAUUACCUGAAGAGCACUUAAAAGACAAUGCUACUCUUGAGAUUCCUUCUGAACUGGUUCCCUUGAAGUCUAUGGAGCUUAAAUCUGAUCAGGAAUCUGCAACAAAGGCACCAGCUACCAGCAAUGGUGUUCCAACCUUAGGAACUGCACUGAGGGUGCUUGAUGAAGAUGUGGGGGUUAGCAUACAAAAUGAGAGAGUCACUGAUAGUAUGGAUGUCUCUACCUCUAUAAUUGUCGACUCUACAAAUGUUGAAGGUUCUCAUGUUGAUAUCACCUUUGUUUCCAAUGCAUCUUCAAGUGCCACUGAUAGCGAUGAGAUCACUGUUACUAAAUAUAGUGCAUCAGACCAGCAGUCUGCUCCCAUCACAACUCCAGAUCUCUCAAACUCAACUUCAGAAUACGAAGGAGAAGGUGUUUCUGUACCUAGUUCAAAUGACAAACCUGCGCCAGAACUCAGUAGUGCGCCAGAACUCAGUAGGACAAAGAGUACUAUAAUUAGAGGGAAGAAAAAAAGAAAAGAAAUUCUUCAGAAGGCUGAUGCUGCUGGGACAACUUCUGAUCUCUAUAUGGCAUAUAAAGGUCCUGAGGAAAAGAAAGAGACAGUCAUACCUUCUGCAAGUGUAGAAAGCAAUUCUAUUGGUGUUAAUUUGAAGCUGGUAUCUCAUGAGGCCCUUCAGGUGGAUACUACAGAAAGUGAGAAAAUUGCACAGAAUAAAGCUGAACCGGAUGAUUGGGAAGAUGCUGCUGACAUCUCUACACCAAAAUUAGAAACUUCAGAUAAUGACGAAAGGGCUCAUGGAGGGUUAGUCAGUCAUGAGAAAGAUGGAAGUGGGAAUAUAGCAAAGAAGUAUUCCAGAGAUUUCCUCCUUAAGUUUGCAGAGCAGUGUGCUGAUCUUCCACAGGGAUUUGAGAUUGCUUCUGAUAUUGCAGGGGCCUUGAUGGCUGCCAAUGUUAAUGCUUCUUACCUUGUUGAUCGUGAUUCAUAUCCUAGUCCUGGAAGAAUAAUAGAUAGGCAAUCUAGUGGUUCUCGAUUAGAUCGCCGAGCUAGUGGAAUGGGUGAUGAUGACAGAUGGAUUAAACUACCUGGUUCUUUUGGCCCAGGAAAGGACUUGCAUCUUGAUCUUGCUUAUGGUGCUGCAGCAGGUUUUCGGCCUGGCCUAGGGGGUAACUUUGGUGUUCUAAGGUACCCACAUGCGCAAACACCUCUGCCAUAUGUUGGAGGGAUCCUUUCAGGACCAAUGCAACCUAUGGGUCCACAAGGAGGGAUGCCACGAAAUAGUCCUGACACUGAGAGGUGGCAACGUGUUGCUAACUAUCAACAAAGGGGGUUGAUUCCUUCUCCGCAAACUCCAUUACAGAUGAUGCACAAAGCUGAAAGGAAGUAUGAAGUGGGUAAAGUGGCUGACGAUGAAGAAUCCAAGCAAAGGCGAUUGAAAGCCAUUUUGAACAAACUAACUCCCCAGAACUUUGAGAAACUCUUUGAACAAGUAAAAGAAGUAAACAUUGACAAUGCAGGUACACUCACUGGUGUCAUCUCACAGAUCUUUGACAAAGCUUUGAUGGAGCCAACUUUCUGUGAAAUGUAUGCAAACUUCUGUUAUCAUCUGGCAGGAGAGUUGCCUGAUUUUAGUGAAGACAAUGAAAAGAUAACUUUCAAGAGAUUGCUGCUGAACAAGUGCCAGGAGGAAUUUGAAAGAGGGGAGAGAGAGCAAGAAGAAGCAAAUAAAGUUGAGGAAGUGGGUGAGGCUAAACAGUCUGAGGAGGAAAGAGAGGAAAAGAGAAUCAAGGUACGGAGGCGAAUGUUGGGUAACAUUAGACUUAUUGGGGAGUUGUACAAGAAGAAAAUGUUAACUGAGAGAAUAAUGCAUGAAUGCAUCAAGAAAUUACUCGGUGAGUAUGAGAAUCCUGAUGAGGAAGAUGUUGAGGCUUUGUGCAAAUUAAUGAGUACGAUUGGAGACAUGAUUGACCAUCCCAAAGCAAAGGAUUAUAUGGAUGCUUAUUUUGAGAGGAUGGGAAAGUUGUCGAACAAUAUGAAAUUAUCUUCUAGGCUUAGGUUCAUGUUGAAGGAUGCUAUUGAUUUGAGAAAGAAUAAAUGGCAGCAGAGGAGGAAAGUUGAAGGGCCUAAAAAGAUUGAGGAAGUGCACAGAGAUGCUGCUCAAGAGCGACAAGCACAAGCCAGUAGGCUUGCUCGUGGUCCUGGAAUCAAUCCUGCUGCAAGAAGAGCGACUAUGGAUUUUGGUCCAAGACCAUCUAUGUUAUCUUCCCCUGGUGCUCAGAUGGGUAGUUUUCGUGGGUUGCCCACCCAGGUCCGUGGUUUUGGGGCUCAGGAUACUCGCACAGACGACAGACAGUCUUUGGAGGCUAGGACUUUGUCAGUUACCUUGCCUCAAAGACCGAUUGCUGAUGAUUCUAUUACUUUGGGCCCCCAGGGUGGUCUCGCUAGAGGGAUGUCUUUUAGAGGACAGCCAGCAAUGUCAAGUGCACCCCUAGCUGAUAUUUCUCCUAGUUCAGGAGAUUCAAGAAGAAUGGCUGCUGGUUUGAAUGGUUUUAGCUCUCUAUCAGAGCGGACUACUUAUGGUUCUAGGGAGGAUCUCAAGCCAAGAUAUGUGACAGAUAGAUUUGCAAUGCCAGCUUCUUAUGACCAGUUGAGUUCCCUGGAACGUGGCAUGAAUUUCAGUAAUAGGGACUUUAGGAACCCCGAUCGCAGUUUUGAUAGACCUCUUGCAGCUUCUCCACCUGCACGAGGUCAAACAUCAGGUUUCUCUCAAAAUAGUCCUCCAGAAAAGGGCUGGCCUGAGGAGCGCCUGCAGGAAAUGUCCAUAGCAGCAAUUAAAGAAUUUUACAGUGCUAGAGAUGAGAAAGAAGUUGCUUUGUGCGUCAAAGAUUUGAAUUCCCAAAACUUUCAUCCGACAAUGAUUGCUCUUUGGGUAACAGACUCUUUUGAAAGAAAAGACAUGGAACGGGAUCUUUUGGCCAAGCUACUUGUCAAUCUGGCAAGUUCUCGUGAUGGUGUGUUAAGCAAAGUUCAACUUGUUAAAGGGUUUGAAUCUGUUCUCAGCACAUUGGAGGAUGCAGUGAAUGAUGCUCCAAAAGCUGCAGAAUUUCUUGGCCGUAUUUUUGCCAAAGUCAUUGUAGAAAACGUCAUCUCCCUGGCGGAGAUUGGGCUUUUAAUAUACGAUGGUGGAGAGGAGCUUCGACAAACUGGUCUCGCCGGAGAUGUUCUUGGAAGCACCUUGGGGGUAAUUAAAACAGAGAAAGGAGAAACUGUUUUGAAUCAAAUCCGAGCAAGCUCCAACUUACGGUUGGAGGAUUUUCGGCCUCCAGUUCCCAUCAAAUCAAGGAUAUUAGAAAAUUUUAUGUAGAGGAUAGUGAUGAUCCUUGUAUUUUGUUAGAAGAAAUUCAUGAUGUCUGGUGCGGGGUGUUACAUGAGUUUCUUCGUCUGCGCCAUGUUUUAAAUAUUAUUUCUUGCAAAUAUUAUCAAAUUGAGCAUCCAAAGUCGAUGUUCUCUUUCUCUGCAGCAGCUUGGUCUUGUCUCUUCCCAGAUCUGCGCCAACAUCCGCAUGAACUUCAGAAAUUAGUUAUUUUUUCAUGUAUAAUAACUGGUAAAAAUGCUUGAACCUCAAUUCCAGUUUC